AUGAGAUUCAACACGCUUGUUUGCGGCCUCGUUCUGGCUGCCGUCUCUGCCACUGCUCUUCCCGUGGAGAAAGCAAAAUCAAUCCGUACAAUGACCGAGAUGGAUGGAGAUGAUGCGGUAGUAUACACAUGGUCCCGCCCAGAGGAAAAGGCAAAGCGAUCAGAGAAGGUGACGGAUGGGGAUGACCAAGUCGUGUACACAUGGUCUCGCCCAGAGGAAAAGGCAAAGCGAUCGGAGAAGGUGACGGAUGGGGAUGAUCAAGUUGUUUACACGUGGUCGCGUCCCGAGUGA